CGGGCGGGUAAUUCGAACACUUCCACUUGCAGCUGCAGACGGCCUUCCCUGUUGGCACGAGCCUCGGGCUGCGGCGGCAAAGGAGGUCGAGGCCCAGACUAGAUAUGACUGAGAGGCGAACGCGGUCCGGAGGGGCCGCUCGGCGCUCGGGGCCCAGGACCCCUUCUUCUGCUACGUCUCUGCGGCGGUCCCAGCGGAAAUCAGGCUCGAAUCUUCCGAACUUCCUUCCUGAACUCAGUGGGAAGGAACCCCAUGCGGCUCCAGUCAGAAAGCCCAUCGUUCUGAAGAAGAUCGUGGCUCAUGCUGUGGAGAUCCCAGCUGUCCAGUCGCCUCGCAGGAGCUCUAGGAUUGCUUUUUUCUUGGAGAAAGAAAACAACCCUCCUAACAGGCAGCCCACUAAAGAGGAACUAUUCAAGACUCCUAGUAUCCCUGUCACACCCACCACCACUCCUAUGUCAUGCAUCCUGAAUGGUGAGUCCAACUUCAAGGAAGGAGAACUGGAUGCCAGAGACUUGGACAUGUCUAAGAAAGUCAGGCGAUCCUACAGCCGGCUGGAGAUCCUCGGCUCUGCCUCCACCUCCACCCCAGGCCAACGGUCCUACUUUGGCUUUGGGGGCCCUGAAGACUUGUCCAAAGUCUCACCUGUGGUGUGUUCAAAUUUAACUGAGGUCCCUGCAAAGCUCUGGGCCCCAGAUACAACGCUCCCUGGAAUCUCUCCCCCAAUCCUGAAAGAGAAACGGAAGAAGAAAAAGGUGCCUGAGAUCCUGAAAUCGGAACUGGAUGAGUGGGCUGCGGCCAUGAAUGCUGAGUUUGAAGCUGCUGAGCAGUUUGACCUCCUGAUUGAAUGAUGUGAAGUGGGGGUGCUCCUGGCUAGUCUCUCCCCUCCUCUCCCUGUACAUAGCCCCUUUUGAUGGCACAGACACUGGGGGUCCCCUCUGCUGGCUUUGUUACCUGUGCAGGUGCUAUUGCUGCACAUGAGGCCUAGCUACUCCUGAAGGCUUGGGCAGCCUCACUAGUUCAGGAAAUGGGCCUGGCCUGGCCACUCAUUCAUCCUGACUAGUCACUCUCCUUCCUAUCUUCCCAAGUACUGGGGGUCAGAGCCUAUAUCUGCUCUUGCUGGGAAUURUGGUUGCUCUAAACAGGACAUGCAGAGGGUGGCCAGCCUUAAGCUGUCCCUUUGGAGUUGUCCUCUGUUGAUGGCUUGGUUCCCAGCCACAGGCACAUGUGUGUAAAGAGGCUUUGGAUUCCGUGGGUUUCUUGUUUGAUUCCAUAGAUAGUUCAGGGGAGAAUUCAUGGGUUGGAGGACACUUCUACCCUUGAGGAAGAAGCUGGACAUUCAACCUAUGGUGACAAGUUUUGGAGGAGUGGAGAGCCUUAGUUGAGUCUCAGACCAUAAAUGUUUAAGGUGCCGGAGCCGGGUGAGCUGUCGAGCCGUCGAGGUGUUUGAUGAAUGGCAGGCUGAGGGGGUGCUGCUGCUUGCAGCAGAGUGCAUUUCAGGAUGUGGCUGCCAGGGCCUUGGACUCUCAUGCCCUGGUACCUGGGGCUUAUCAUCUCUGAACAGGUAGCCUGCAACAGGGGUCAGGUGACCCCUUUUCUCACCCACAAGGUCCCAGUCCCACUAGCAUUUUGCAGAUACAAUUAUAAAGUUUUAGGUAGCUUUUCUUGUGUGCCAGAAUACUGCUGGGGUUGGUGGCAAGUUUCACUUUUAGUCUCCUUAAGCCCUCACCUGAGAACACUGCCAGGGUGGGUGCAUCUCACUGACUUGGGAACUUUCCCGCCAUUCCCUUUUCCGUGCUGGCGGAAGGUGUGGUUUCAGAGACCGCCCUGCCCACURAGAGGCAGGCGUACUGCCCCUGGGCCUGUUGCACUUUUGAUGUUGGCGAGCUCAUGGAAAUAGAAGCUCACAGGCUGUGGAGAGGCUGGUGGACCACCAGGAAGAGGAGCACUUGGCAGGGGACUGGACGGAACAGGGUGGGCCUGGUGGGCAUGAAGGAAGGCCCUGGGAGACCUAGGCUGUCUGUCCAGCACCUUGUGCUCUGUGGAGGCUGCAGACUGGCCCUCUUGCCGGGGCCGACCCAGGUAUCUGACUGGACCACGCCUGUAGAACUCUCCUCAGCUGGUCAGCAAGGCAGAGCCUUUGGGAAGAAUCAGGAGCCUCAUGGUGUUGAGUUGAUCUUGUCCCAGCAAGCCUUUCUCUGUUCCUGGGGAGCUGUAUGCAGUAUAAAGAAAAACUGGGAGUCUGUUUUGAAAUAAA